CCCCGCCCCCGGGGCCGACUCUGCUGAGGAGGCGGGGAGAGGACGAUGGAGGCGCGCAGGGUCCGCCGGCCCCGCUCAGUGCUCGGGGGCAGCCGUUGCCGCCGCCACCACCGCUACCAUCCCCACCGCCGCGGUCGGCGCCUCGGCCUCUGAGGAAGCAGCGGGCGGGAAAGCAGCCGGGCGGGCGUAUGGAGAUGAAUCGGGAGAAACUGUGUACCAGUAAGGCUGAUGUGAGCUCAGAUUCUGCAUAUCAUUGCUCAGCGUGUCAUGAUGAUGAGGAGUGGAGCAGUACGAGCCGGGGGCGAGCGAAGUCACGAAGCUUGUCUGCUUCACCAGCCCUAGGAAGCACCAAAGAAUUCCGGAGGACACGCUCCUUGCAUGGACCAUGCCCAGUGACCACGUUUGGACCAAAGGCCUGUAUGCUGCAAAAUCCUAAAACGAUUAUGCACAUUCAGGAUCCAGCAAGCCAGCGGUUGACAUGGAACAAACCUCCCAAGAGUGUCCUUGUUAUUAAAAAAAUACGUGAUGCCAGUCUGCUGCAGCCUUUUAAAGAGCUCUGUGUGUAUCUUACUGAGGAGAACAACAUGAUAGUGUACGUAGAAAAAAAAGUAUUGGAAGACCCUGCUAUUGCAAAUGAUGAUAAUUUUGGACCAGUGAAGAAGAAAUUUUGUACCUUUCGAGAAGAUUAUGAUGAUAUCUCCAAUCAAAUAGACUUUAUCAUAUGCCUGGGAGGAGAUGGGACCUUGCUUUAUGCUUCUUCGCUCUUCCAGGGUAGUGUACCUCCAGUUAUGGCUUUUCAUCUGGGAUCCCUUGGAUUUCUUACUCCAUUUAAUUUUGAGAAUUUUCAGUCCCAAGUCACUCAGGUUAUAGAAGGCAAUGCAGCUCUUGUUCUGCGAAGCAGGCUGAAAGUGAAAGUGGUAAAAGAGCACAGAGAGAAGCUGACAGUACAAAAUGGCAUAGAAGAAAAUGGAGUAGUGCCUACAAAUAUAGAGAAAGAAGUGGGCAAGCAAAUUAUGCAAUAUCAGGUCCUAAAUGAAGUUGUGGUGGAUCGUGGUCCUUCUUCUUACCUUUCCAAUGUAGAUGUCUUUCUAGAUGGACACCUGAUAACAACAGUGCAAGGAGAUGGAGUCAUUGUCUCCACACCGACCGGUAGCACUGCAUACGCAGCUGCUGCAGGAGCUUCUAUGAUUCAUCCAAAUGUUCCUGCAAUAAUGAUCACCCCAAUCUGCCCUCACUCAUUGUCUUUCAGACCUAUUGUUGUUCCUGCUGGAGUGGAACUCAAGAUUAUGCUCUCCCCAGAUGCCAGGAAUACAGCAUGGGUUUCAUUUGAUGGAAGGAAGAGACAGGAAAUAUGCCAUGGAGACAGUAUUAGCAUCACUACCUCUUGCUAUCCCCUUCCUUCGAUCUGUUUCCGAGAUCCUGUGAGCGACUGGUUUGAAAGCUUGGCUGAGUGUUUACACUGGAAUGUUCGGAAGAAGCAAAAUAACUUUGCUGUUGAAGAAGAAGAAUUUUGAGUGUCUACAUCUAAUGACUCAUGGGAAUGGAAAGUGGCAGUAUCCCUUCUAUAUGGUUGAUAUGUUCUGUUUUAUAAGUUUUUGCUAACAGGUGUGGUUGCCAUCUCAGACACAUAUCCAGUGAUAUACUUUAUAUCAGUCUGAUCUGCUGAUGGUUGGAAAUUUAUUUUGCUACUUCCUAUCCAGCAGGAAUAGAAUGGAAGAAGUGAGGUUAUGAUUGCUGUAAUCCAGUUUGAAUUUUCUUUAAACGAGCAGUUGGAAAAUGGGUUAUUUCUGAUUGGUAUUGACUGCAUCUGUAGAUUUGAUUGUAACAUAUAACUUACCACUAACGUGGUAGGCUGUAUGUAGAUAUGUAAUAGAAAAAUGGCAGUAGGAAAGAGGCAUUAAAAUAGUCUGUUUACUUUGGUAUGUAUGUAAUUCCAUUUGUUAAGAAUUCUAUGCACAUGAAGGCUCUACAGAAAUUGACUUUAAAAAAGAAGUGCUUUACUUUUUUAUCUGACUUAAAUACAACUUGCCCAGAACACCUCUCCAUCAAAACAGUGCUUAACAUACUUUCUUCUGACUUGCAAGUGUGACAAAAACUGUGAAUAAGGAACACCUAUCAGGAAUGUUUUUAUUAAUAGACGAAGCUAGAAAAAAAAAGAUUUAUAUAAGAUAGAUAUCUAUCUUGUGUCCAAGAAGAAUGUUUUUUGAGUAGAUGGAACUAGGGAAAAGAACUCCACACAUUUAUAUAUACAAAUAACACAUGUGCAAACACAUGCAUACGCACAGUACCCAUUUGUCUGAACAGUGUUUGACCCUUUGCUGUCAUCACUGUGUAAAUAUCCGCCAACGAACAGCAUGGACAAGCAUUUAGCUUGGGCUGAGUUGAUUAUUUCAGUCAUCUUCACUUUUCUUGCUGAGCUUGUUUGUAGCUCUGCAGUUCCUGUUGGUGGGAAACAUUAGCGUGCUUAUUUUUGUUUGAUGCUCUGGAACAAAUGGGACAUUAGGGACUGUAUAAUAAUAGUGAUAAAAGAUAAAAUAAUAGUGAAAAAAGCUCCAGAUAUUCGAGAGGAAUCUGGAAUACUGUAUUGCCUAGUGCCACUAUUGUCUUGAAGACGACAGUGUCCUGUACUAGGCCCUGGAUGCCCUCAAAUUCCACAGGUAUUUUCCAAUUCUGGGUGCUGAGUAAUACAGUAAGGGAUACUGCAUUGGUAGGCUGAUAAAUGGGAGGACACAUUCCCAGCAGAGUAACAAUGGUGCCUUCAGCACACUCAAGAUAUUCUAAGUCUCGUAUGUACUUUUUUAAGAUGCUUUCAAAUGUUUCUAACUUCUCUAUGUACAUAUUUUAUUGUAUGUGCUUUUAUGAAAAAGAACAACAACAACCUAGUUUGGGGAAAAAAAAAAAAAAAAAGAAGGGUUUGUACUGUAAUUUAACUGAAAAAAUCAAACCCAAGGAUAAUGUUUACAUUUAUGUUCUCUGUGGUGCAGUCUCAUGGUCACACUAUCCAAACUUCAGCAUUUUUGCAUUGUUGCUGCAUUGGCCAUUAAAGGAAUGGACGUGAUCAGUUGAAUUUAAGCCUAUGUCAUUGUACUGUGGAAGGGGUAAUUUCUAACUGAACAAGGUGGGAUUUCCUUGAAAGUGGAGCGAGAAGCAAUGAUAACUUUUCAUGAUUGUUUUAUGUUGUACACGUGGUCCAAAGUGGUAGUGGGAAAUGUAUUAAUUCCCAAACUCUGCCUAACGUGCUGUGCUCUGAUGGUUCAAAUAAUGUCUCUUUAUGUUUUGGAUGCUGCCCUAGUCUGUCUAACUUUAUUAAUUGAGGUGAGAGCACUUUUCCAUAAAAGAGGAGCAAACUCUUAGUUAAUGAGAAAAAUCACAAUGAAAUGGUGUUAAUAUAAAUUCAGUUUGUAAAUUUUGUAGAAUAGAAUAUUGGUUUACUUUGAUCUAAACAGAAAAAUUUUGUGAUAACUUGGAGAAUGUCAAGAAUAGCUUUUGACAUUUAUCUUUCACUUGAAUCUGCAGUAAUUGUUUUAUCACUGUUUUGAUGCUGCUUACGGGUUUUCUAGGUGGGGUAUUCAGUUAUUAAAUAGCUGUUUACUUUUUGAGCUGUGGAAUCAUCAAACUUUUUGCUUUGAAACUAUUCUUUUAUUUAAUCAUGCAAUAACUGAGAGGAGGAACAGGGUAUAGUGGCUAUAAAAAUGUAUUGUUUAAUGAAAAAUGAGCAGGAUACCAGGCACACGAGGAAGGUGGAAAUCAUUUUGUAAAGGUGAGGUAAAAUUAAUGAGCCUUAUCUAUCUUAUUUUUUUGUAAAGAUAAAACUAUAUUCAGCACUUUUUAUUUAUGCUUUUAUAAUAGUAAAGCUUUCAUUGAUUAAACUGCAGAACUUUAAUUUGUAGAGUGCACGUUCAUGAAAUGUAAACAAAACUUAGCUAACUACUUUCUCUAAAUUAGAUCUGCUGGAGUUGUCCUUAAAUUUAUCACGUACUGCAAUUGAAUUACUGGCUUUGAGGCUUCUGCAGUUUUGCUUAUACAACUUUUCCUGCUUGGUAACGAUGUUACUUGGAUCACUGCUCAGCCUAGUAGAGCUACAGUCACUGACCACAGGAAAGUAAGUCAUGAGAUGGCUUUAGUCUUUUGCUUUUUCUUCAGGAAAACACCUUUGAUUAUAAUUACGCUAGCUUCAUAUAAAAACACAAAAGAAAUUGUGUUAAUAUGUUACAAAUUAUCUAACUGUACAAAGUCCCUUUUCAAGGCCCUUAAUCUGCAAACCAGCAAUUUGCAAGCAGGCUAGUAAAGUUUGAUCAGCACUCGAGGAUUUUGCAUUAUUUAACUGCUUCAAGUGUGGGUAUUGUGUUCUAACUACAUCUGAAUGUGAUUAAAGCUCUAAUGCAGACUUGGUAAUAUUGGCAAUAAAAGUAGCUUACUGAAUUUGUUUAAACUGUGCUAGUAAAACAAAGUUUUGCUGAUUAUGAAUGGUAUUUCUAAUAUAAGGGUUGGAAAUAUCACUGUACCUAUAAACCCUUUCCAGACUACAUAGGGCCAAAAUGGAAGCUUGGAAAUUGAUGUGUUUAAAAAAACAACAACAACAGCAACAAAACAAAGUCACUCUCUAUUAGACUUUAAGAAGCUAUUAAAAACCAAUGUAGUACAGUGUAAAGCAGAGUGUACUUAAUUUUUAAGAGGAAAAAUUCUGUUACAUAUUGUUAAUGCUUUGAAACUUGUUUUAAAUAUUGCUGAAAACAAAUAUUUUUCAAUCCUUUCAAUAAAAUCUUUUUGUAAAGUUGAAUUUGUUUAAGAGCAUUUUGACUUUUGAGAAUAAUAAAUUAGGUAUACACAAUUACUUCCUUGGAAGACAAAUAUUCAGUGUGGGGUUUUGAUGCAUUGUCUCAUGGGACAGUAGCUUUUGUUUUCUAGAAAUGCAUGUAAGGCUGCUGUGAUUGUGUAUGUCUGAUGCAAGUCUUUUCCCAAAAGUUUCAAAAUAAAAGCUCCUGGAUUUGUUGUGCAAGUUUAAAAAUAAUAACAAAAAAAAUCUUCCUUACAGCUAAUUGGGCUUCAUUAACUAGUUUUAUGAAGGUCCAAAAGGAGAAAAGUGAGUGAGGAAAUAGACAUGGGUGAUAAUCUGAGAUAAUCUCAGAUAUUUGGAUAUAUAGUAAACUUAAGAGUGAAAUUGUAGUUUAAAUGCCCAUUCUAUCCUCUCCUUUGCAUGCUGUGAUCAAGUUCCAGACACUUUUUCCAUAAAACUUACGGCUAACAAUUAUGAUUAAAUGUCCUUUCAAGAUUUUAUAAUGUAAUCUGUAACCUAUUCCAACAAUUGAUGCACGCCAAAUCAUUGAAAAAUGUGUGGAGAUACCAUAUGCAGGUAAAUAUAGCAGCUUUUAAAUGGAAUUUAUUUGCUACUUGAGGUGCUUUAGCAAGAGUUUUCCAUCUUAUGCUUGGCUAGCUACAAGCUCUUCCAGUCCAUAGCCAAAAAGAUAACCCAGCAUUUGUGUGACAGUGACACUCUAUUGCCUAUGCAGGAGGCAAGAAAACAGUAGUGCCAUUAUUUUGCUAUGAGGACAAAAAAAAGCAUGGUACAAGCCUACUUUUUUUCAGGUAAUUUUGGCCAAGUAAAGGCCUACUGCAAAAAAUAAGUAUUCCCUUAUUGCUACUGCUCUGGGCAAGACCUGCUGCAUGCUGGCUUAUUUUAGAAAAGUACUGAAUAUGCUUAAUUGUUUUCCUCCAUUUCAGCAACAAUACAUAGUCACAUUUGGACUUGUGGAAUGAAGUCACAGUCAUCAGCUGGUACUCUCGUGCUUUCUCUUGAAAGUGCCAGCUGUAUGCAGCCUGACCAUAGACGAUUAACCUCUUCAUGUCUCCAUUGUGCUGCCUAUAAAAUGUAUUUUUUGUCAGUAUUUUUCCCAUCCUUGUCUCAGCUCUUUAUACAAGUCUUGAGAUCCUCCCUACAAAUUUCCCUACAAAGCUACAACAAACAGUUUCAGCUACUUCAUCCAGUAUGGUUCACAGCACACAGGAUUUGCAGUUUCAAGCUCUUCCAUCUUCAUUUUGUAAACCAGCUUCCCAUUGAACGCAUCGCAUUAAUUGAAGAAAUAAUAACCCAUGCCAAAACUGUGUUUAAACUUUAUUAAAAAAUACAUAACCAGUAGCUAAAGGUUCCAAUCAGUAAAAUACCAAACUUUUAAAUUGCAAUAGUAGAGACUUAUUUCAAGUCACCUUUGUGUGUGAAAUGGCACAUUGGUUAGAUACGCUAGAGGGCAUGAAAUGACCUUGUGUAGAUUUCAUGUGGAGCUGAGAUUUAAAAAAAUAUUAUGAAUUAUUCUUAAAUCAGAACAGGGACAAGAGCUCUAGCUAUUACAUUGGGGAUAAGCAAUCACAUAGACACAGUGGAUAUCAGAGAAUAUAGCUGUUAUCUAAACAGCUCAUGGAAGUCAUACAUGAAUU